AACAAUGGCCCACAUACUAGCGAUAGGAUCGAACUCGAGCGGUCAACUGGCAACCAACGACAGCAACGAUGCACACCACCUGGCCCAGACCAUAUUUGCCGACGCUGAUGGCUACGUAGCCGAUGCUGACACCGUAUGGCGCGUGUUGGGCGGCGGAAACCACGCAUUCGCUUGGUCUGACGACGGCACAAAAUUGGUUGCCAGCGGCUCCAACAGCGACGGCGAGCUUGCCACUGGAGGUGAGGGCACCGGCCCAAUAUUUUCAUGGACGCCAGUUGGUUUUCCCGGAGAUCGUGUGAGACAAAUCGCCUGCGGAUGGAACCACUCAGUGCUGCUUAACACCCAGGGUCAGCUAUUCUCUGCUGGGUCCAACAUAUUUGCCCAGCUUGGCAUCGGUAUCCAGGGACGUUCUCAGAAAUUUUCAAGUACGUGGAUGCCGGUUUUGGCUGCACAAGACAACGAUAAAAGCACAACAAAAUUCGUCAAUAUCGCCUGUGGUCUGCGGCAUACACUUGCCCUAGACGAAAAUGGAAUGGUGUACGGCUGGGGAGCCAACCGCUGUGGCCAACUGGGAAUUGCCAGCCCUGAUAAGAAGUCGUCCAAUGUUUUGCAGAUGAAGCUUGUGUCCGCCGGUCUGCCGCCAAUAGCUAUGCUGGCAUGCGGGCGCAGCCACUCUAUACUUGUUGCAAAUGAUCGCAGGACGGUCUUUGUCGGUGGCCAGGACAAAUAUUGCCAAUGCGGUCCAAGCGACAGCCAGCCGGUUGCCGGCACAUGGCGGAAGUUUUUGCUGCCGCGGCCAGCAGCAAAGCUGUGUUCCGGCUGGGAAUUCGGCGCCGUGCUUCUGGAGCCUGUCUCAAAAAUAAACUUGGCUGGAAAAGGCGGCGUGGUUGCAAUGUGGGGCAGAGCCGAUCAUGGGCAACUUGCCACCGUCCAGCAGAGCACGUGUAGCCGGGAGCUGGUGUAUAUCGACCUAGACUGUGUCCACGACAUUAUGUGCGGAUCCAACCACACCGUUGCAAUGACUGAGGACGGAGCGGUGUAUAUGUGGGGAUGGAACGAGCAUGGGAAUGCAGGCGACCCGUCGCUAAAAAACGUCCACCAGCCGCUGAGAAUUGACAGCCCUCCCCUGGACACGCGUGCCGUGGCCAUCGGGUGUGGCUAUGGAAACAGCUAUAUUAUUUUGUGACCACAAAAAAAAGUCAACCGCAAAUAUGAAAAAUACUUAUUCACCGCAUUUUUGGCGCUCAAUUUGGUAUUUGUAUGCGUGGAACGAGAAAAUUAUG